UUUAUGUUAUUUAUGAACUAUUAUCGAUAUGAGAAAUGAGAUGGAAAUGAGUAACAAAAAAUGAAUACUGAAAAAUUACAACAAAAGAUUUAUAAAAAACAAAUUUCAUAAUCUUAAACGUUUUCAGCGGGAGCUCUAUAAAUAGAUAAAAAUUACCUCUUCCUAGCUCACUGAAAUUGUUACAUCAGGCGCUGGAUUGUCUCUGAUCAGGCCCAGUUCAUCAUUAUAAAUUAUAAUACUCGUGAUUCUAAUAUCAAAUGUGUGGGUCGCAAGACUACAAUCAGUACAAUUUGUUAUGCCCACUUCUUUCAAGAUUGGAGCUUUGAACUUUUAUAUGCUCCCCGCAUGUUUACAUUUUUAAUAAGCACGUGGUGUGUAAAUGUAUCAUCAGGAAGCUUUACGUCAUAUGAGCGGAGAAUAUAUAAAAUAAUCACAUUGAACAUAUGAUAUUGUAGAAUUAUUACACCACAUUACAUUUUAGUGAAGUUUCUGUGUAAAGAAAAGUCAUGGGAAAGUACAAUCUUGGGAUUGAUAUAGGAACAACUUCAGUAAAAGUGUGUAUUGUUAACACUGAAACCAAUGAAGUAGAUGCACAACAUAUUAAAGAAACCCAGUCAAAUAUACCAAGUGACACUGGACCAGGUGGCAAUAAGCAAGAUGUUACAAAGAUCAUAUCUGCUUUAAAUCUCUGUGUUUCAAAAUUGCCGAAACAAUUACUUCAGGAGGUAUCAAAAAUUGGAAUAUGUGGUCAAAUGCAUGGAAUAAUGUUUUGGAAGAAUGAGAACGAAAAGAAAGCUUGGGAAAUACUCGAAAAGGACACAUCAGUCAGAUAUGAUGUAACCCAGAACAGAGUGUCAGCUCUUUACACAUGGCAAGAUAACAGAUGUGAUCCAAAUUUUUUGACAACUCUACCUGUUCCCGAAUCCCAUUUAAAUAUUUCUACAGGAUUCGGUCUUGCUACAAUGUUUUGGAUGACAAAAAACAAACCAGAAAAAUUAAAAAAAUAUAACUGUUCGGGUACUAUAGCAGAUUUUGCUGUGGCUAUGCUUUGCAAUCUCGACAAACCAGUUAUGUCUUAUCAGAUGGCAGCUAGUUGGGGUUAUUUUAAUUGUCGAACAUCCACCUGGAAUUCAAACCUUUUGAAAGAAGCAAAUUUUCCAAUUGACCUUUUGCCUGAAGUUAGUUCUAGUGGAAGCAUUGCGGGAAGAUUGGCAGGUUGUUGGCAUAGUAUACCGCAGGAAACGCCCGUAGGUGUAGGUAUGGGAGAUUUGCAAUGUUCUGUUUUAUCGACAGUGGAAACACUACAGGAUGCAGUAUUAAACAUAUCCACUUCGGCACAAUUUUCAUUUGUCAUUGAAGACUAUGUCCCAAGUGAAAGUCCUCCAGAUGUUCUUCCAUUGUAUUACUGGCCUUAUUUUAAUAAACAAUAUGUCGCAGUUGCUGCUUCCUUGAAUGGAGGUAAUACGUUAGCCACUUUUGUAAGAAUGUUGCAGCAGUGGGUUAUGGAUUUAGGUUUUAGUGUACCACAAUCUAAAGUCUGGGACAAAUUAUUAGCGCUUGGAAUAGAAAAUUCAGCCGUAUCUGAUUUAACUAUUCAACCGACAUGUCUUGGUGAAAGAUAUAAUCCAGAUUUAGCAGCAUCUGUUACAAACAUCCAUGUUGGAAAUCUUGGAUUAGGGCAGCUCUUUAGAGCAUUGUGUAGAGGAAUGAUCGAAAAUUUGCACAGCAUGAUACCCCGAGAAGUAUUACAGAAUGCAGGAAUUAAUAGGAUUGUAGGUAAUGGAUCUGGUUUAUCUAGAAACAAAAUAUUACAGAAAGAAGUUCAACAACUUUAUCAAUUGCCAUUGGUAUUUACAAGCGGUGGUGAUGCAGCCAAAGGUGCCGCUUUAGCUGUUCAUCUCUAUUCCAAUUAGAAAAAUUACUCAUUUAAUGCUCCCUUGUAAGAGUUUGUGCACUUAAAAGCAACAAAGAGUUACAAAAUUUGAUGUCGGUGUAUGAAGAUGUUUUUUAAACGUUUUUUCUUGUUAACAUUGUUAACAAUAUUCAGCUAUAUACUCAUACCAGUAAAUUAUUAAAUCUAUGAUAUAAAUACAAAUUUGUCACGUAUUUAGCACUUUGGUGGUUCAACUUCCCUUUCGGACGGAAUUUCCAAAAAAUCAUUCCUACAAGUGCCUGUUAUAUAUAAAAAAGAUUGUUCCAUCUCAAUUUCACGUUCUUAAAAACUAAGUUGAUGAAUCGGUAUACAAGAUACUGCAUAAUUUUUACAAUUAAGGAAGAAAUAUUACAGAAUAAAUUAAUCAAAAAAUAAUAUAAAGCAUCAUUAAAAAUAAUAAAGAUGUAGUCAAAAUCCGGUGUAUCCGGAAGUGAUUUGAAGUUACUUUAUAGUGUCCUUGAUAUCGCCAACCGACGGUUUAUGUACUGCACUAUCAGUAGUUUGACCUUUGUGGCAUUUUCGCUAUUUUUUUCUUUUGUUUUAUUUUGAGUUCGUCGUAUUUUUCAUUUCCAACUUUUUUUUUGUCGAUUCUCUCCAUUUAUUGAUCUUCCCAUUUUCUUCUUGCCUGCAAUAUUGUCACAAGGUGAGGCCAAUCCAUCUCCUUACAAAAUAUUUUACAUUAAUGAUACUUAGCCAUUUUUAAUGUUUCAGAGUCAAUUUGGAUUUAAAAAAUGUAACUUUGUUUUCAUUUGAAUGUAUCAGAUUUAUUGUGUUGUUUAUUUUAGGUAUAUUAGGUCUUCUACGCAUUUAGGUCUUCGGCCUUCAAGAAAAUUGCCAUUUUAAAUAGAAUUAAGGCUUAACAAAUAUAUAUUUAUCUUCAUUUUUUAAACGUAUAGCACUUGGUCGAGGAACAGAUCUUGCCAAAUAAAAGCUUUACAAUUAACAUCAUGUUACUGUUUUGUUACAAUCCUGUGAUAGAUAAGUCGUCCAAAUGCCAUAUAUCAUCUAUUCCAAUUGGAGACAUCGGAAUGAAAAGUGGACAAAAACCAGAGAACGAAAACUGUACAUAUCCGGAUUUAGCCACUUAUCACUCCCAUUUCUUACUUAUAUCAGAUAUAGAUUUAUCAAAGUGGACUCUAUUAGCCAAUAAAUUAAGUGAUAUGGCCUGUUUUUAUUUUAAACGAUGUGUUCAUAUUUUUGGGCAAAACUGAAAUUUGUUUUUGUCCACUCCUCAUUAUCGUGCUUUCAAUUACAUUUUUAGAUCUAUUAGGGAGCUUUAGAUAUUGAUAAUUUUGUUAAUAAAUGAGAAUGCUAUUAAAAAUACAGGGUAAUGUUCAAUAUAAUGUUUAAGCAAUGAAAUUGUAUCUAGAGUUAAAUUUUAAUGUUCUUUAGUAACUUGUAAGCUAGCUCGAAACUAGAAGAAAACAGUAUUUUAGAAAUAUACCAAAAACUAGUUGUCAUUUUUAUGACAGUCCUAAAUCCCAAUGUGCAGAUUCGUGAUUUAUUUUCUUAUGACCAUUUAUUAUUAAAGUGUCCAACGAAUUAACGAAAGCAUAAGUUUCAGACCGGGGCACUUAGACAUAUUACAAGAAAUAUUAAACCCUCCACUAAUUUCGCCGUCUUUUUUCUCUCAAACGUUUUAAGUAAUUAUGACCAAGUUUUGGUUUAUUUGAAAAUAAGCCACAAAUCUGCACGUUGGCUCUAGAACUAACACAACAAGCGUAAGAAAAUGUUAUUGACUCGUUGAGGAUAGUGAAUUUAUCGUUUUCUACUAUAAAUUUUAACAAAUAUUCAGCAAAUCCUCUUUAUGCAACUUGUCGAAAAGAUAUAUUAAGAAAAAUGAAUUGUAUGUAUCUAAAGAUUUAAUUGGAAAAUUUCAAAGUUCGUUAAUAAUAUUCAGCCAAUUCUAUAAUAUAUCUGUUCGAUGACCAGGUACAUACUAAAUCCAAAGACAGCAUAAAAUACUCACUAAAAAUUAUUUAUUGUUAUUCAAGACUGACAUAUUUUUAUUUGGAGAUGUUUAGUGUGUACACCAUUUCCAGUCUCCUUAAAUUUUUAUUUAUUUUAUCUUGUUUAAUUAACGACACCAAUCUUACUAAACAUUUCGCUACUGUCAACACUGACUUUUAGUUGUGGUGAUUUGUGCUUGCUCGAUAGAUAUAUUGAUAUCAGAUCUUUUUAAAUUUCCUAUUUUGCCAGUCAUAUAACUCACGCCAAUAUCAGUCCAGUCUCAAAAAGCCCAAGCCUAAACGUCCACAUGUUUAAUUAUAGCUUCAUGUACCUCAAAUUAUUUGUAAAUAUUUUGUCGAAAUUAGAAAAAUUUCUGUGUGCAAAUCUAUGUUAGAAGGUUCCUUAUUGCAGAUAUUACAAUAACUGACGAAUAAAGCAAAAUAAAGAUAGAGGCUUAAUUAUAUUUGGGCGUUUAACUGCGCCUCGAUAACAAGGAGUGGAUAUUGCGGUCCGCUGUCGACGAUGUAUUAUUAUAUUCAAUUGCAUUGGAAAGUUAACGUACUGUAUAUGGAUCAGACAAAGAUCAUUCAAAGAAUGGUUUAAUAAAAUACCAGUCCAGGAUCAUUAUCGAGGGUUAUAAUAAAACAAAACAGAAAUUAGCAUCUGGAUGGAAUCAGGACUCGUAAUGGGUCAUAGCCAUCUAAACAAACACCUGAAGAUUAUGGAAAUGUGUCUAAAUAGGUAUUCCAAUUUCUUGGGAGUUGUCAUGAAUAGCACAUGUCUGGCGAAAUCUGACAAUGUUCGAUGUGUUUUUGUUUAACAGUAUACGGGAUUGUGUUUUGGAGGUGGUAAAAUGAACCGUGCUUUUAUCCUCUGAUUGGUGAUAACCUUUGGGAAGAAGUUAUGACUUAUGUUCGGAUGCCGAGCUCUCUGCAAGCAUAUAUUGGCAACUAAGUUAUUUGACGGUCGUAGCUUACCCUCAACAAUGAACUAGUAAAACGUAAAACUUCGUAUACACCACGAAUAUUGCUUCAGGUUUAUAUCUUUUGGUGACUCCUAAAACAGUCAUCUCAAAGUACGUAUAAACAUCUACACAAUGCCAUUAGUACAUAAAUAAUAAUAUACUUCAUAAGAUCUAGUCAUCACGAUUUCCUAAAUUAAAUAACAUUUUCUUCGAAUUGUCAGUAUUAUUUUAAUAUAGAAACCAAAGAAUCGAAUAUAAGUGUGAAUCAAAAUAAGUAAAAAUUUGAAAUUAAAAAUUGUAAACGUAGAAAAGGACGUAUAUAUCAAUAGUUUUGGCACAAAAUAUAAGGUUCUAUAUAUUUUGUAUUUCUUUGACAUUAGUGUUUUAAUGUCCGAUGCAUUACAAUGUAUUGUGAGUUAAAAAUUAGAAAAAUAAUUUAUAAUUUGUUUGGACGGAUCCCUAAGCCUGGAAUAGUUCGCAUUUUUCAAAACCAAAGUAUUUACCGUGCUAUAUAGUUGAAUGUGAAAAAAGAAUACGUUGUCUAAAUCUCCCGAAAAGUGGAGAACUAAGAAUUUUUAUCCGAUAAAAAUCCGAAAGAUUGAUAAGAUAAAAUACAUAGUAGGGGUUUCCAUGAGAAAAUUAAAGCGCUAAUUUCGUAUUUCAAAGAGUACAGUAUCGCAGAAAUUAGCAAGAAAUGGUCAGACGUAAGAAAGACGAAAGUAUCUAAAUAUAUCCCAAAUCAAUAAGUACGGUUACCAAGAUGCUGUCAACUAAAGCUGAUAUAUUUUGCAAAUGAGAAUCAUUGUUAUGUACGAUAAAAAAUACUUUACAUUUGCAAACUUGAAAAUCAAAGGGAACGAUGGUUUUUAUACGAACAAAGUAGAAGAGUACCCAAAAUAAUGUGAAAUAUAAAGUGCGAUUUCGACUAGAGCAAUAUGUAGACCUUAUGCAGAGCGAAUAAGGGCGAAGCUGUAGAUUUAGAAAGUUAUAUUAAUAAUAUUAAUAACUGCCUCACUAACUUAGUUGAUUUUGUACACCAACAUCACGUUGGAGACGAUAAUAUGUUUUGCACGACUUAUAUCGUCUUGAUAUUGUAUAAAAUCAAGUCAAAAUUGGUUUCAACCAAAAUUUACCUCAGGCCCGCUCAAUAUAAAUAUUUUUGGACCCUUUUAUCGCGCAAUGUGUUUGAUGGAGGGUGGCAAGCCGAAAAUGAACAACUACGGUGUAGAAUUUUUAGAUAGAUAUUCGAAAUAUAUGUUCAAGUUGUCCAAGGUCUAACGAGUAAUGUUCGCAGAAAAUUGUGUUCAAUCAUUUAGUUUAAGUCAAUAAUUUUGUUAGGUACUAGGUUUUAAAAAAAAUUUAUUGCAAAAAUGUACGAUUAAAUAUUUUGUAAAAAAACUGUUGGGAUAUACGUUAGUAUGUAUAUAUCAGGGAUUAAAUAAGUUUAUUCCCGCGGUAUAUAAGAAAUUUUUUGCACUUCUUAGACAAGUAAAAAAAAAGAAUUGUGUUAUUCUCUUCUUUUUAAUAAAACGUUUUUGACUCUUAGGAUUAAAUGUGACACUGAAGUGAGUGAUUAAAAUAGCUUUUUUUUGAAGGGGUUGCAACAACGUUCAUUACAAUUUAUGCGCCUAACAGCAUGAGAAUAUGAUCUGUCUAAAUGACAUGACCUUUAAAUUAUGCCCAGUCUAUUAAAGUUAUGGAAUCAUUAGCUACUGAGAGUUUUAACAACCGUACAUUAGUCUACAAAAUGCAAAAAAAUAGUUUCCA